CGCCACACUGCACCAGAAAUUUCUAGAUUUCUCUAAACCCCACCCUCAAAUCCUCCAUUCCCCCCACCUCCCCAAUCUUCCCUUCAUCCCUUUCCUAUUACCAAUUACCAUCGCUAACCAUUUCACGAUCGCCACUCUCCACUCUCUUCUCACGCAGGGUAUCGCCGAUCACCGAUCAUCUUCCGGUUUCUCUCACGCAUUGCCACCUUGCAAAUGGCGGAAGACGGUGCCGUCACGGUCUACAGCGGCAGCGCUAUCACAGAUGCGAAGAAGAAUUCUCUGUCCAUCAAGGUCGGGAUCGCCCAAACCCUCCGCGGCGGUGCCAUUGUUGAGGUCACUACCGUCGAGCAGGCCAAGAUCGCCGAGUCAGCCGGAGCUUGCUGCGUGAUCGUCUCCUCUCCCGCCUCUCCCGGGAUUGGGCGGAUGCCAGAUCCGGCUAUCAUCAAGGAAAUCAAACGGGCCGUUUCAAUCCCUGUUAUGGCGAAGUCCAGGGUCGGGCAUUUCGUGGAGGCUCAAGUCCUAGAGAGCGUCGGAGUAGACUACAUAGAUGAGAGCGAGCUCCUGGCUAUCGCCGACGAGGAUCAUUUCAUCAACAAGCACAAUCUCAGAGUCCCAUUCGUUUGCGGCUCGCGGGAUCUGGGAGAGGCUUUGAGGCGAGUGAGGGAAGGGGCGGCCAUGAUCAGGACCCAAGGGGACCUCACAGGUUCAGGAAACAUAGCAGAGACCGUCCGGAGCGUGAGGAAAGUGAUGGGAGACAUUAGAGUCCUGAACAACAUGGAUGAAGAUGAGGUUUUCGCCUUCUCGAAGAAGAUCUCCGCUCCUUAUGACAUUGUUGCGCAGACGAAGCAAAUGUCUAGGCUUCCAGUUGUCCAUUUCGCUUCAGGUGGGAUCACCACCCCUGCGGAUGCCGCUCUUUUGAUGCAGCUGGGCUGUGAUGGAGUCUUUCUGGGUCAAGAAGUGUUCAAUUCCACUGAUCCUUACAAGAAAGUGUGGGCAAUUGUGCAGGCAGUGAGAAACUACAAUGAUCCACACGUCCUGGCCCAGGCGAGCAGUGGGUUUUAGGGUCGAACGAUUGUGUUCUACACUUCCAGUAGAAGUUUUCUUCAUGAAAAUCGCAAUGAAAUAAUAUGAGUUGU